CUCCGAGCGGAUAACACUGCGUUGUUGUAGUUCUUGGAGUCCCAGCGAUACGAUACACACACCACCCACUAGAAACACACACCCAGUAAAUAAAACACCAGAGGAGCAGUCACACCAAAAUCAACACUAAAUAAAUACCAGACACCAGAUAAAAGACAACAUCAAGCUGAAUACGAUUUGAAAAUUCGACAAGAAAAUUCAAAACCAAAAUUGUAAUUGAAACAAAGCGAAAAGUUUUCGGACAGCGAAGCGGAAAAGGAGAAAAUCCAAGGUAAACAACAACCACCAAGUAAAAAAGGCCUUCGGAGCGAAAAAAGGGUCUACUUCCUUUCUUGAGCUUGACAAAUCAAUCGGCAGGAAGAUGGAAUGACCAAAAUUCGCUUAGUUGGCACCCCAGAAAAUGCUGCCACAGCCAGCGGCAGCAGCGGCAAUAACAACUACCACUCAAUCAGCAACAUUUGCAACAUCGACAGCGGCAACAUCGGCGGCAGCAACUACAGCAGCAGCAGCAUCAGCUAGGAAUGGCCAGCGACGUCGCGUGGCAGCAGCAACAGAAGGCUGCAACAGCAACAGCAACAGCAACAUUGGCAACAACAACCUCGGCAACAGCAACAGCAACAGCAAGCUCAGCAGCAGCACCCACAGAGUAAGUCAAAUGCAUUCCAACGAAGAGCCGCCCAUGACGGUGAUCGUCGAUGGGGGCGGUGGCAGCAACGUAUCCGUUUCCGGUGCCAGCGGCCAUCGGCGGGGCAGCCAGCGGUUGCGGAAAACCAGUUCCUCCAGUGCCAAUGCCAAGUCGGCAUCGGCGUCGGCGAAUCCUGCGGAAAGGACGAGCAGCGGCCAGAGGUCAUCGCAUCGCCAGACAUCGAAUGCCUCGGAUGGUGGUGGCAGCAGCAGGCGUCGCUAUCAGGGAAAGGAACAUCACGAACGACGCGACCGCCAGGAUCGUCAGGAACGAUCGGAUCGUCAUGAGCGCCGUGAUCGUCGCGAUGAGCAGCAGGCGGCACGUCGUCGAACAGGACGCCGGCACAGUGGAGCCUCAUCGCUGAGCGAUGCUGCCGCAGCAACAGCCGCAGGACGAUCCCGGUCCAGAGGAGGAGGUCGUCGAACUGGUGGAGCGGUCAGCUCAUCGACCGCCUCCAGUUGCAAUGGCAGCUGCAGCUCCGACGAUGGCGACUCAUCGCACACCUCGUCCUCCAGCUCGUCCAGCUCGUCCGGCGAACCGAAUCUGCCGUAUCCGGGAUUCCCCGAGAUCUCCAUCAGGGCGCUGACGCAGUACACCCGGCCGCGCAACUGGUGCCUGAUGCUCAUCACCAAUCCAUGGUUCGAGCGCGUCUCCAUCCUGGUCAUCCUGCUCAACUGCAUCACCCUCGGCAUGUAUCAGCCCUGCGUGGACGACGCCUGUGUCACGAACCGCUGCAAGAUCCUUCAGAUCUUCGAUGACAUCAUCUUCGCCUUCUUUGCCCUGGAAAUGACCAUCAAAAUGGUGGCCAUGGGCAUUUGUGGCAAGAACACCUAUCUGGCGGACUCGUGGAACCGGCUGGACUUCUUCAUCGUUCUGGCGGGUCUGCUGGAGUACGUGAUGCAUGUGGAGAACCUCAAUCUGACUGCCAUCCGGACGAUUCGAGUGCUCCGCCCCCUGCGGGCCAUCAAUCGAAUACCCAGUAUGCGAAUUCUGGUGAUGCUUCUGCUGGACACGCUGCCCAUGCUGGGCAAUGUCCUGCUGCUCUGCUUCUUUGUGUUCUUCAUUUUCGGCAUUAUUGGAGUCCAGCUGUGGGAGGGUAUUCUCCGGCAGCGGUGCAGUCUGAUGCGAACCGAAGGCAUGGUCUAUCCCCUCACCCUGUCGCAGUACUACGAGUUCUCCAAAGAUCAGGACUAUAUCUGCUCCACGCCCAACGAUUCGGGGAUGCAUCUGUGCGGGAACUUCCCGCCCUAUCGCAUUGGUUCGCUGGUCUGUAAUGAGGAGGCCAAGCUGUUCGACUUCAAUGAGCCGACGAACACGUCCUGCGUCAAUUGGAACCAGUACUAUACCACCUGCAAGCAGAGCGGCGAGAAUCCCUUCCAGGGCACGAUUUCCUUCGACAACAUCGGCAUGGCCUGGGUGGCCAUAUUCCUGGUCAUCUCGCUGGAGGGCUGGACGGACAUAAUGUAUUACGUGCAGGAUGCGCACAGCUUUUGGGAUUGGAUAUACUUUGUGCUGCUGAUUGUGAUUGGUUCGUUCUUCAUGAUCAACCUGUGCCUGGUCGUCAUCGCCACGCAAUUCUCGGAGACCAAGAAGCGCGAGAUGGAGCGGAUGCGACAGGAGCGAGCCCGGUACACCUCCACUUCGACCCUGGCCAGCAGCACAAAUAACUCGGAACCGGCCACCUGCUAUGCGGAGAUCGUCAAAUAUAUCGCCCAUCUGUGGCGGCGCUUCAAGAGACGAAUGUUAAAGAAGUACAGAUUAUAUAAGUACCAGCGACAGCAGCGCAAGGAGGGCCUACUGCCCAAUGCCGACAAUUUGACCUUCUCGCCGUCGCGGAUCAAGUGCCAUCAUCCCAAGUGCCCCAAGUACAGUAAUCGCAAGCCGUCCAGUAUUCAGGAUCAGAUGAUUACCGUCAUGGUGCCGCUCAAUUCGGCUAGCAAUAACAACAAUAACAACAACAACAGCACCAGUAGCAACCACAACGGCAGUGGCAACCACACUGCUGCCGGCGGUGGCAACAACAGCAACAACAACAACAACGCCGCCAGUUGCACCACAGUGGCGCUGGUCAAUGGGAUAAAUGGUAGUGCCGCAAGUGUGACGAUGUCCUCUGCCCACCACCAACAACAUCAAUUGCUGCAACAGCAACAGCAGCAACAUCAAAACCAGCAACAGUUGCAGCAGCAGCAGCAACAGCAGCACUCCUCCUCCGACAACACGGAGCAAUCGCUGGCCCCAGACGGAUUGCCACGAAGUUCCUCGCUGAAAAAGACCACCGCUCAUCAUCACCAGCUGAAGCCGGAGGGCAGCACCGCCGAGCAGAAGACCAUAUUGCUGAAGCUGCCGCAGCAAAUGAUUGAUUCCGAGCAGCUAAUUCUGCAGUUGGGAAAUUUGGGCAAGAGUCAUCCGUGCACCUCGGGCUUCCUAAGUCCGCCCACCUCGGCCAGCCGGCGCCCAUCGGUGAUGUUCAACGAGUACGUGCUGCUCCACACGCCGCCCGCCCUCAACGCGGAUCCGGCAACGGGUGGCACCACCACAACGGUGGCCCCCACAGUUGCCACAGUCGCUGGCACGGUGGCGGCCGCAGCAGCAGCGGCAACCGGAUCCGGCGGUAGCAAUAACAGUCACCAGAACGGCGGUGCAAGUGGCGGAGCUGGAACUGGGGGCACCAAUGAGAAGAGCAACAUCUUCUCGACGGAAAAGAUGACCCAAGCUGGCGAUGGCAGCAUCUGGCAGGUUAAUCUACCGCAGACCAUCGGCACCAUUGCCAAUCCCUAUGCCGAUUGCUCUGAACUGGGUAUACACGAUGCGAUGACUUGUCAAGAGCUCUUAGCAUUCUCUGUGGCCUUUUCAGCGGCCUUGCCGACCGGCCAGAGUACGCUAGAGUCAUUCUACACAUCGCUGGCCCGCUGCGAUCCACACACCGCAGAGGCGUUGCGGGCGCACCACAAGCCGCGCUCUGUGCCCAUUGGCCAAAAUCAAGUGCCACCGGGCGCCGAAGCAGCCACUGUGAUGGUUGCCACAACGGCUGGUGAUCCCGGCCAGACACUCCAGCCUUCGACAGUGUCCGCCGUGGUGGGUGGUGGACCCAUCGGACCCAUCGACAGCCAGGCGGCAAACCAUCGGCGCAAAGAGCACCACCAGCAGUCGCACCACCAUCACAACAAUAACAAUACCACCAGUCACAGUCGCAACUAUCGCUCACGGCAGGGACAGGGACAGGGAAAUUCGCGAAUGCGAGCGGCCCGCGCCCCCACUGGCAACUACAUGGAGGACUAUGCCUGCUGCUAUGAUCUCUACCAGAACGCCCUGUCGCCGCUGGACGAGCGGACCAGGCAGAGAUCGCCGACGACUCGCUGCCUGAUCUCCGUGUACCGGUGCAUGUCGCGCGUGUGCAGCUGGAUACGUCGCUACAUUAGGCGAUUGGUCGAGCACAAGUACUUCCAGCAGGGCAUCUUGUUGGCCAUCCUGAUAAACACCCUGUCCAUGGGCAUCGAAUACCAUAACCAGCCGCCGGAACUGACCGCCAUUGUGGAGACGAGCAACGUCGUCUUCUCCGGCAUCUUUGCUGUUGAAAUGCUGCUAAAGGUGGUUGCAGAGGGUCCAUUCCGCUACAUUGCCAAUGGCUUCAAUGUUUUCGAUGGCAUCAUCGUUAUACUCAGUGCCAUUGAGAUCUGUCAGACGUUCAUGGGCAACGGAACGGGUGGUGGUGGCUCCGGUUUGUCCGUGUUGCGGACUUUCCGGUUGCUGCGAAUCCUCAAGUUGGUCCGGUUUAUGCCCAACCUGCGGCGCCAGCUAUUCGUGAUGCUGCGCACAAUGGACAAUGUGGCCGUGUUCUUCUCCCUCCUCGUUCUAUUCAUCUUCAUAUUCAGUAUACUCGGCAUGAAUCUGUUCGGAUGUAAAUUCUGCGAGAAAGUUAACGGAGAGAUGAUUUGCGAUCGUAAGAAUUUCGACAGCCUGCUCUGGGCGCUCGUCACAGUGUUCCAGAUACUGACGCAAGAGGAUUGGAACGUCGUCCUGUUCAACGGAAUGGAAAAGACAAGUCAUUGGGCCGCAUUGUACUUUGUGGCACUAAUGACGUUCGGCAAUUAUGUGCUGUUUAAUUUAUUGGUGGCCAUUUUGGUUGAGGGAUUCAGUUCAGAGCGAAAUGAACGUCGCGAGCGCGAACAGCGCGAGUUGGUUAAGAAACUGCGUGAGGAGACGCUGGCCGAGAACUACAGCGAUGGUAUGUACGAUGAGUCGCGGAGCGAGGCGGACUCCUCGACCACCAACGAUAGUUACUACGAGGUGCGCAACCGCUGGCGAUCGGCGGAGGAUGUGCGCAAGCUACAGGACUCCGCCGAGCUGAUCAUCGAGGCCAAGAGCAACAUGCACCGCCAGCGCCUGCUGCAGCCCACCCAAGACUACCAGAUCAACGAGCUGCCCGCCUCGUCUGCCGCUCCAUCCGCCUCUGGCACAUCUGGCGCCUCCGCGCCUGGCGAGCGGGACAGGGAGCGGGAGAGGGACAGAGAUAGGGAUAGGGAGCGGGACAGGGAGCGGGACAGAGAGGCGGGCGGCGGUGGCGGCGGCGGCAAGGAUGAGGGGGCGCAGCAUGCCAAGCCGCGCGGCGGCCUCAAAAAGACAUACUCCAUCAAGGAGCGGCGCAGCGAGGCGCCACGCCUCUCCAAGAUCCGGCUCGCCCGGGAUCCGCCCAUCAUCACGACAACCGCGGCCACGCCGCAGGACUCGCCCAGCACCACCUUGGAGCCGGGCAUGAGCUUCCGCCAGUGGGGCGACAUGGAGCCACCCAGUCCGCCCUCUCCGUCGCUUUUGCGACCGCCGAACAUCUUUACCGGCGGACAGCGGAGUCUGGACGAGGGCAUACCCUCCAUCGAUCUCAUCCCGCCCUCGCCGGUGCUCUCCCACAAGCCCCUGAACAUCCUCAAUGCCAGCCAGCUGGGUGUGGGCAUGGGCAUGGGAGGCGGUGUCCCCAGCACCGCCGGCAGUUCGGGCAGCAUGCACAGCGUGAUCAUCGAUGACAUUUCGAAAAGCUCCAGCUCAACAGCGGCGGCAACGCCCAUUUAUGUGCCCACCAUCUCGUCCACCGCGGACGCGCAGAGCCAGAGCCAGAGUCACAGUCUCAACGAUGUGAGCGUGGGCUCCAGUCCAGGUGGGGAGCUACCCGCAACGGGAAUGGGCAGAAAUGCCAACACGGGCGCCUCGACGAGCGGCAGUUCGUCCAGCGAGCGCCUGCCCUUGGCUCCACCGCCUCAGCAGGGGAGUUUUAAGCAGCGCUUACGGCGCGGGAGCUCCAAGAGGCGACGUGCCUCCGCUUUGGCCCUUGGAGCCACAGACACAGAUAAUCCGGCUCGAAGGACCCAGGACGAGGAGGAAGAGCAGCAGCAUCAGCAUCAGCUGAACAAUGGCGGCGACAACAGUUGUUUGCUGCGAAGCAGCAGUGCUGUGGUCAGUGGCUCCUCCUCGGGCACCAAGGAGACCAAUCGCCUGAGUCCACAAAACUCCAUACGAAGGCUAUCCAAUACACUGAGCAUAGGCAGCGGCAGCGUCAGCGGACCGGUGGGCAGUCGCCGGGCAUCGGCAUGCAUUUUCAACUCGCAGGUCUAUCAGAAUCUCAAUCAGCCGCCCAAACUGCGCCCAGGUUCCGGACAGCGAAGGAUGAGCUCCAUCGAACUUGCGUUCAGCAAGACAUCGCACCUGAAUCUACACAACCUGGAGGCCAACCGCAAGUCGCUGUCGUACACGAACUCGAAGAUGGACCUGGACAAGUGGAACAAGUCGUACGGCAAUCUGAACGAGCCGGACAACAUGCUGCAACAGUACAUGGAGGCGCGGGACAAGCGCAAGAACUCCAUUAGCCACUACAAUCUGAAGAAGCGGCUCGAGGAAAAGGAGCUGCAGCAGCUGCAGCAGCUCCAUCAGCAACAGCUGCUCCAGCAACGGCAGGACUCCUUCUCCUCGACCACCCAGCAGCAGCAUCUGCAGCAGUUGCAGCAGCUGCAGCAGCACCGCUUGUCCAAGGAUCAGCAGCAGCUGGCGAUGCAGCCACAUUCCAUGGUGCCAGGAGGCGGCGAGCGCUACUCCAAGCUCAAGAUGCUCAUCGAGCAGCUGACGCCCAAGCACUUUACCACCGAGCGCGAGGACUACUCGCUCUACAUAUUCCCAGAGAGCAACAGGUUCCGGCAAAUCUGUACGUGGUUUGUCAACCAAAAGUGGUUCGACAACGUGGUCCUGCUGUUCAUCGCGCUCAACUGCAUCACCCUGGCCAUGGAAAGACCAAACAUCCCUCCAAGCAGCACCGAAAGAUUGUUCCUGGCAACAGCCAAUUACGUGUUCACCGUCGUCUUCACCGUCGAAAUGUUUAUCAAGGUGGUGGCUACGGGAAUGUUUUACGGCCACGACGCCUACUUUACGUCCGGCUGGAAUAUCAUGGACGGAUCUUUGGUUACCAUUUCCAUAAUUGAUUUGUUAAUGUCCCUGAUUAGCGAAUCGAGUCCGAGGAUAUUUGGGAUUUUAAGGGUGUUUCGACUACUCCGAUCCUUGCGGCCGCUGCGGGUGAUCAACCGAGCCCCGGGUCUGAAACUAGUCGUGCAAACGCUCUUAUCGUCCCUGCGUCCCAUCGGCAACAUCGUGCUUAUCUGCUGCACCUUCUUCAUCAUCUUCGGCAUCCUGGGCGUUCAGCUCUUCAAGGGCACCUUCUACUACUGCGAGGGCGAGAACAUCAAGGGCGUACGCAAUGCAGACGAAUGCCGCCGCAUACCCGGCAACGUGUGGACCAAUCGCAAAUACAACUUCGAUGAUCUGGGCAAGGCCCUGAUGUCCCUAUUCGUACUGAGUUCCCGCGACGGCUGGGUGAACAUCAUGUACACCGGCCUGGAUGCGGUGGGCGUUGACCAGCAGCCCAUCGUCAACUACAACGAGUGGCGUCUCCUGUACUUCAUCGCCUUCAUUCUGCUGGUGGGCUUCUUUGUGCUGAACAUGUUCGUCGGCGUGGUGGUGGAGAACUUUCAUCGGUGUCGCGAGGAGCAGGAGAAGGAGGAGAAGAUCCGGCGGGCGGCGAAGAGGGCACUGCAGAUGGAGAAGAAACGACGCCGGAUGCACGAGCCACCGUACUACACGAACUACUCACCCACCCGGAUGUUCGUGCACAAUGUGGUGACGUCCAAGUACUUCGACCUGGCCAUUGCCGCCGUCAUCGGCCUAAAUGUGGUCACCAUGGCCAUGGAGUACUACAAGAUGCCAUCCGGUCUCAAGUACGCACUGAAGAUCUUCAACUACUUCUUCACGGCGGUCUUCAUACUGGAGGCCAACAUGAAGCUCGUUGCACUGGGCUGGAAGCUGUAUCUCAAGGAUCGCUGGAACCAGCUGGACGUGGGCAUUGUCCUGCUCUCGAUUGUGGGCAUUGUGCUGGAGGAGCUGGAGACGAACACGCACCAGAUCAUACCCAUCAAUCCGACAAUCAUACGUGUGAUGAGGGUCCUGCGGAUAGCCAGAGUGCUCAAACUGCUAAAGAUGGCCAAUGGGAUCCGGGCGCUGCUGGACACCGUGAUGCAGGCCCUGCCCCAGGUGGGCAACCUGGGAUUGCUGUUCUUCCUGCUCUUCUUCAUAUUCGCGGCAUUGGGCGUGGAGCUGUUCGGGCGACUCGAGUGCUCCGACGAGAUUCCCUGCCAGGGAUUGGGCGAGCACGCGCACUUCGCCAACUUUGGCAUGGCUUUCCUCACAUUGUUUCGCGUAGCGACUGGCGACAAUUGGAACGGCAUCAUGAAGGAUACGCUGAGGGAUAAUUGCGAUGACGCGGCCGAUUGUGUGCGCAAUUGCUGCGUCAGCUCAGUUAUUGCUCCCAUAUUCUUUGUGAUAUUCGUGCUAAUGGCGCAAUUCGUUUUAGUGAACGUCGUCGUGGCUGUACUGAUGAAACACCUCGAGGAGAGCCACAAGCAAAUGGAGGACGAGCUCGACAUGGAGGUGGAGCUCGAGCGCGAGCUGGUGCGCGAGCAGGAGUUCGCCCAGGAGCAAAAGCUGUGCCAGCAGCUGGCGGAGGCGCAAUCGAAGGCGGCCGCUCCCCCGCGCCCCCUCGCCAAGGUCAAAUCGCUUCCAAAGAACUUCAUCUACAGCACACCGUCGCUGGACAAGAAGUUCCCAACGGUUUCGGGCGCCAACAAUCCCAACAAUCCCAACAAUCCCAGCUCCAGCCUAACCAGCUCGGCGGCCACCAAUCUCAACCAGGUGGCGACGGGGACGGGGACGGGGAUGGGAAGCGGGGGUGCGGCAACGGGAGCGGUACCGCUUGGAUCGGGAGCUGGGCCACGUAGGCAGACCGUCCAGUAUUUCCAGCAGCCACCACAGUCCAUGCUCGGCGGCCUGAGUCUGGCCGAGAUGGGCGGCACCCUGACGCCUCAGGCACUCGGUGCCCGAUUGGGCGAACCCUUCGGCGGCGGAGGAGGAAGCAAGUCUGGGCCACGACGCCAAUCCUACUGGCAGAUUAAUCCAAUCCGUAAGCGCGGCGUGCUGUCCAAGGAGCGCUCACUGGACGAGCAGGCCAUCCGUCGACGGAAUCUGGAGGCCAAGCGCACCAGCUGCGACUCGCUCCCAUGGGGCGGAGAUGCCCUCGACUGCCGCAGGGGCACGAUCUUCGAGAGCCUCGAGUCCGAUGGGGGAGGAGUAGGUGGUGGCGGUAGUGGCGGAGUAGGUGGAGGAGGAGUUUCCUACGAUUUACGGAGUGUGCGCAGCGCGGAUGUCGGCCAUUCGGAGACGGAUGGGGAUGUGACCCUGUCGGUGGUCAGUGCGCUGGUGCCCUCCGUAACGACGCCACUGCCCCCACCCCUGUCCUUGCCCAUUGUCACGCCCACGUCGACGCCCACGCCCCUGCAAUUGCCCAUGCCCAUGCCAAUGCAAAUGCCAAUGCCAAUAACAAUGCCAAUGACAAUGACAAUGCCGGUGCCGAUGCCGAUGGCACAUCCUCCACCACGAAGACCCUUUGGUUGGUCACAGUCCGUGGACCAAGGAUGCAUGCGGAGCAACUUGCUCCUCUCUGUUCCCAGAUCCAUGCCGCCGCGCAGUCGCAGUGGCAGCACCAAGCAACUGUUCAAACAACAGGCGCUGGACGAGGAUGCCGACAUGGAUGAGAACUCGCUGCUGCUGCCAACAGCAGCUGGAGGCCGAUCAGGACCAGGAUCGGUGGCAGUCAUUGCCUCGAGUUCGCUGGAUCUGCCAGAUCAGAGCGGCAGCUCCAAGCAGAUCCUUCCAGACUCCAUCGCACUGGGGGUCAGCAAGUCCGACUCCUCGGACAUUCUGCGCAUCAUCAGCGAACGGAGGCGCAUGGAUCAGCGGGAGCAGAGGGAGCCCGAGCAGGAUCAGGAUCAGGACAACGAGGCGGAGGACAGGGACAGCGACUACAAGGAGCUGCUCCUGGUCAAGUCCCCCCAAUCCUCCAUGGACUAAAUGCAACACACACACACACAAACACUCUGUAGAUCGUUACAAGUAGUUAUCUCUAACUAGGGCCAGGCUUACAACAAUAAUGAUUACUGUAGUGCUGACUAACAAGGAUAAUAGCUAGGAUAACAGUUAAGAUAUCCCUCGAUUUCGAAAUCUCUAAGUUGGUCCACCCACAAGCGAAGGAGCUUACUUUUAACCUCUAUAUAUAUACACAUACAUAUAUAUACACAUACAUAUAUGUAUUCUCCAUAAUUCAAAAACCUGGCCGCCAUUAAAGGAUACUUUAGGGAAUUUUCUAAAAAACUAUAACUAUAGCAUUAGGCUUUAGGCAUAGAGAUCGACGAGUGUGGUUGGAAAGCAGAAAUAAUGAUUAUUCGAUAGCUAAUAUACUAUAGAGGAUGGCGAUGGCACACUCUUAGCCAUAAAUAGAGAGAAAAACCAGAAAACCAGAAAACCAGUGAAAUAGAAUUGAAAGCAAAGUUAAGUAAUUACAGCUAGUAAGCAAAAUUGUCAACUGUUUUUAGUGCAAUCCUACGGUUUUCAUAACUUUAACAAGCAGAACUUAUAUAUGAAGAACUCAAAACUAAUAGAUCGCCAGAGAUCGUUGAAGAUGAAUAGCUAAGUUUCAAGUUGAUUAGAGUGUUUUCCGUUUAAAUGUAGCUGUCGAAUACGAUGAUGGAUUAUAUACAAGUGUUAUAUGCGAUUUACAUAUAUACAGUUAUAUUACAUUUACAGUUACUUAUAGGGGAUACUGCAUUCGAAACAAAAAUGAUGGAAAUUUGUGAACAAAGAAUCAUCAACUCUGUGAUUAGCUCUUAAAGUUUAAACGUUUAUAUGAGAGGCCGUGCAGACACCAAAACCAAAAUCAAAACCAAAACCAAUACUAAAAACGAAAAACCAAAAACCAAAAACCAAAAACCGAAAAACACAAAAACAAGCGAUCUGUAUAUAGAAUGCCUGUAUGUAAGCAUAUGUAAUCGAGUGUAUUUUACGUAGCUAAGCCAAGGAACAAGCAACUAACUAACGGAAUGAUACCGAAUCCGAAGGAAAAGCCAUCUGAACGAACCCAUUGAUAAGCAAUAGAGAACUGUAGCUCUUAAGAUCGUACCUAGCCCACAAGCCCACAAGCGAAUAAAGCUGCGUUGUUCCAGGGCGGAAAACGGAUACGGAAAAGGGGAAAACCAUUAAAGGGAAACACAUAAGAACCUUGUGCAAACGAAUUUACUUAGGUACUUAAACACACCCGCCAACACACACACGCCAACACACACACCAACACACACGCCAACAUACACACCCCUAACAAAUAGCUCGUACGAUCUGGUCGACAAUCUUCGCUAAAUUUAAAUACCCUAUCCAUGUCUGACACUCUAUCCCCCCGCCCCUUGGAGGCUUCCAGAACUUCUAGAUCCCGCCCCCGGAGAAACAAGCAGACAUCCGAAAUACAGUGCCAACGCAGUAAGGGUAUUCAAGAUGUUUUUUUUAUAUAAUAAAUAAUAUAACUCCCCCAAGCUAUCCAGUAACGAGGGUGGUGAAAGAUGGCAGCAGGAGCAACUACAAGUGGAACUUUAAAAAGUAGCAUUUAUAAAGAAAGAAUAAAAGAAAGAAAGAAAGUGAAGGAAAAACCAAGAAAAACGUAGUAGAAAUUUAACGAUUAAUGUUUAAUGACUAUAUAUAGUGUAUAUAUGGAACUAUCAACGAAUUACAAUAGAGUAUCAAGAUAUUUUCUUCAGAAGGCAUAACUAGAACAAGAAGACAAAGGAGCGAGGAACCGAGAAGAACACUAACUUAACACUGUCAAUUUUUCAACAUGGUCUAAGCUAAUUUUUUUCAAGGAAAACCAAUGAUCUAAGAAUGAAAACAAUUUUACACUCUUUGUACACACUGUAAAAAAACAAAAAACAAAGUGAACGAGCUCUCCAGUUUAGAUAAACUUUAAAAUCAAACGUAGCAAACGAUUAAACGAUUCGGGCGAAAGCGAGGACAAGAAGAAGCAACAAAUUUAAUUAUACGAUAAUUUCAUCUGUGCCUUUCUCUACGAAUAUAUAUACAUUUAUGCAUAUAUAUAUAUAUAUAUUGAAAAUGUAUCAGAUACUGUCUCUAUCUCUUUCUACGCUCCCACUCCCUCUCUCGCACACACACACACACACGCACACAAUGAAUACACCCUACUCACACCCGCACUCACACUCACACCAACACAGACACCAAGCAAGCAGUGCGAAAUGUAACGGUGAUGGCAAGCAGUGCCUCGCGUAGCUGAAAAUGCAACUCUGCAAACUAUUUACGAGGCAGGAAGAAAGAAUAAUAACGAACAACCAAAAUAACUACUUAAGCUUACUAAUAAACAAAAGAAAGAAAAAUGAAAAGCGAAAACCGAAAACCGAAAAUACAAAAAUCCAAAAACCCAAGAAAUGAACGUAAAAAUACAAAUAAAAUUAAAGAAAAGCAUGAAGUUUAUAGGUUAAUGCGCUAGUAGUUUUGAACUUUUUUUUGUAAUUUUUUAAACGUAGCCGCUUUGAAGUAAACCAAAUGAAACUAUAUACGUUUUUGGUUUUAGUUGUGUGUGUCUGUUUUUUUUGUGCGAAGCGUAAAGCAACUAUAAAGAGCGUUUCUUCUUGUUGAUUAAUAAUUAGGUAAACUGCUACAAAACAUAAGUUAAUUAAACAAAAAAAAACAAAACGAGUGCAUACAGAAAACCGAAAAUAACCGGAAAACCAAAGCGAACAGCAAAAUUAGAAAAAGUGAGUUAAAUUUAAAAUUAUUGCCAUAACGGCCAACGAAAUGCAAACUAAGCAAAUUUGCUUUUAGCUCCAUGCAGGUACAAGAGAAACCCCGCCCCCCAAACAAAAACCAUUGAUUCUUUGCAAACUAAAAUAAGCCAAUUAAAUGUGAAAUUGUUUAAGAAGGCCAUAAGUAAGCAUAACUAAGCACUAUCCCCUGCUGCAAGGCCAGGUACCGAAACUCUCUCUCUGUUAGACAAAUAGCCAAAAGCCAAGUUGUAAUCAUUUCGUUGCGUGACCUUUGCGUAUAAUUUGAAUGGUUCGAUUGGUUCCACUAGAGAUACGUACAUAUAUACUGAGAACACAUACUAUGUAAAGCAGCGAAACAAAACCAAAAGAAAACCUAAGAA